AUGGAACUAGCUGUCAGUGAUCUUCGCACACAAUUGUCAACCAAGCAAAAUUCCCAAGUAAAAUACGUUUGGCCUCUAAGAAUUAUCAGGUCUAUCGCAUACCAAGUAUUGUCUGGCUUAGACUACCUUCACAGGUCCGGUAUUGUACAUCGGGACCUGAAAGCUGAGAACAUACUGGUUACAAAAUGGGAUAUCGAGAGGAAUAUCCCCAUCAUCAAGCUGGGUGACUUCGGCCUUGCACGCGAAUUCUCCGGAGAAACCUAUGUCGCUGGAACAAAAGGAUAUCUCGCUCCAGAAAUUCAAGAGGCUUUAGAUACUGGAAGCAAAGCACUGUUCACACCUGCUGUUGAUAUCUGGACGUUCGGGAAAGUUUUGUCAGAGUUCAUUGAGAAAUCUCAUCAAUAUGGGAAGGCUGCCAGUUUUGUACCCGCCCUUCGUCUCACAACUGAGAUGAUGCAUCAAGAUUCGAAGUUACGACCAACGGCAGCCGCGUGUUUGCAGAAUCCCUGGCUGGAUAUGGAGUACGUUACCAAAAGCUCGUUAGCUGAAAAGCGCAUCAGAUCCCCGGACCCAUCUCUCGAAGAUCGUUCGCGCCCAGUCUCAACCGCUGGGGAACCUAUUGAAAAGGUGAUUAAAAUCGAUUCAAACCGAUGUUUUACUACAAGAAAUGAACAGAUCUCUCCGGAUAUGCAGCCCUUGCCUCAUUCUAUCCUGGUCAUGUCGUAUGGGAAAACUCAUAAUGAUGUUUCAAAUCCUGAACCAAACGUCGGUCAUGCAGGCCCUGUUGGCCCUGUUGGCCUCAGCAAUCAGUUAUGGAUUCCGGCAACCGAGCUCGAAAUUGCUGAAUAUUAUCAUGGGACUUCAACUCCUGAACUAUCACCAUCAGAUUGA